UGCUUCUCACCUAUGUGCAGCACCUUAUCAAUUGUAAAUAAAGGGGAAAAAUGUACGAUCACAUAUUUAUAUACUUAUUAACCGGAGAAAUAAUUUAACGAGCACAACAACAAUUCGACUAGGCUGCACACAUCACCUAGAAGGACCCACGUGAGGCUCAGCCUCGUAGGUGAAUCCUGGCUGGGCACUAGCCACUAGGCAUGGGCGUGUCACGCGUGUGGCGGUUAGGCUCUGGACGCGAGCGCGCGAGCGCGCGGCACGACGGUGGUCGGUGGCUAACCAACGUGGGCACCCGAUGAGACGAUAGAUGGACGCGGGCGCGCGACGUCCUGGUGGCGAUGGCUGGGCGAGGGCGUGAGGCGUUCUAGCGGCGCUGAGGCUGGGCAUGGCGUUCUGGCGACCGGCGGCUAGGUCUGCUCGUGCUCAGGCGUCAGAACUGUGAAGGCUAGGCUUAGGGUGUGCCACGGCCCACCUGGACCCCCUGUGGGUCCGCCCCUGCUCGACCAGAGGCGGAGAGCACUAUAGUCACGAGCUCCACAGUCCAAGCUCGCACUCGCAAGUGCUAGCAUCUCUCGGUAAUGGCGAAGUCGCGUGGCUUCGUGAUGGCGGCUGUGAUGGUGGUGGCGGUGGUGGUGGCCGUGGUAUCGGUGGCGCCGCGCGGCGCGGAGGCGAAGACGACGAUCGAGCCGUGCUCGGGGUCCGACUCCUGCCCGGCGCUGCUGGGUUACACGCUCUACGCCGACAUGAAGGUGUCCGAGGUGGCCGCGCUCUUCGCCGUCGACCCGGCGGCGUUGCUGGCCGCCAACGCGCUCGACUUCGGCGCCCCAGGGGCGGCGCACCGCAUCCUGCCCAUGGGCCUCUUCGUGCGCGUGCCCACCCGCUGCUCCUGCGCCGACGGCGUCCGCAAGUCCGUCUCCGUCCGCUACGCCGCGCGCCCGGCCGACACGCUCGCCACCGUCUCCGACGUCGUCUUUGCGGGGCUCGCCUCCUCCGACCAGAUCCGCAACGAGAACGGCCUCACCUCCGCCGACCCCGACGCGCCGCUGGACGCCGGCCAGAAGCUCGCCAUUCCGCUGCCAUGCGUCUGCUUCAACUCAUCCGACAACAACCUCCCCGCGGUGUACCUCUCCUACGUCGUGCAGGUCGGGGACACCGUGCCCGCCAUCGCUGCAAGCUACGAGACCACCGUCACGGAUGUCAUGAAUGUCAAUGCCAUGGGGAGUCCCGUCGCCGCGCCAGGCGACAUUCUCGCCAUCCCAUUGCCAGGUAGGAGUACAUGAUAUGCCCAGACGGAUUCAUGUAUGGUGAAAUAGGCAACUCCAUCGUCUUAUAUAAUGGCAUUUUCAGCAGACGUAUAUAAUGGCAUUUUCAGCUUUCGCGAGAAUUAUAAUGGCACUGAUAUAGUUUCACGAAUA